AAGCCAUAACGGUAGGAGCCCUCCAACAACCCAAAUUCUCCGUCCUGCGCCACAGACCAUUGGCAAGGCAAGAAGAAGAAGUAACACCAUGUCGAGCGAUGAUGAUAACAAGAAAGCCACUUGUUUGGUCGACUGGACUGCCUUUGUACAAGGCCCUGCCGCAGCCAAUGUGACUUCUGUUACAUCCGCCACGGCGACUCUUCUCUUUGAUACGCAGUCUCUCUUGGGCGAAGGCAUUGUCUACGACGAUGCCAAACAAGAAGUGGUCUGGUGUGACAUUUUGGGUCGCAAAUUCCAUCGUCUCCCACUCGGUUCGGGCACGUUGGAAACAGUAGAACUCCCAAAAAUGCUGGGAUCGUUAGGCUUGCUUGACUCCUCCUCCUCUAAAUUUGACGGAUCCUAUCUCUUUGCCUGGGAGGAUGGCUUUCAAAUCUACAAUCCCAGUACGCUAACGGCCAUGACGGAAAUGAGCCAAGGAGAAGAUGUCAAUCCGGAAAAAUUGCCGACUCGAUUGAACGAUGGACGUUGCGAUCCCACGGGACGUCGGUACAUUUGCGGAGGAUACUAUGGCGACCGAGAACAAUUCCGAAUGAAGGUCUUUAAUUGUCAUUGGAAAGACGACAGUCAUACGACACUUGUCCAUGAACCCAUCAUUGAUCAUGUCAGCGUCACGAACAGUUUGCAAUUCUCUCCCGACGGCAAGACCAUGUACUUUGCCGAUUCGCCCAAGCAACAAAUAGUGGCCUAUGAUUACAACCUACAAGCACCCGACACGGCAUCGCUGCUCUCCAAUGAACGACUCCUCUACAAACUGGAAUUAAAAGGAGCCGUACCGGAUGGAUCCUGUGUCGAUGCCGACGGAUAUCUUUGGAAUGCAACGUGGUGGGGUGGCAUCCAAUCCAGUUCCGUCCGACGAAUCGAUCCAAACACUGGCCAGGUCGUCUUUGAGGUAUUCAUGCCAGAUUCCACCUCUCGAGUCUCGUGUUGCUGCUUUGCAGGCACCAAUCUAGAUAUCCUCUUCAUCACAACGGCAGCCGUAGAACCGGAUCUAGUCAAAGAACCUCAUGCAGGAGGCCUCUAUGCCAUCAAAUUGGCGGGGGUCAAGGGACGGCUGGAACAUCGCUUUCAGGUGUGAUGAUUGACGAGCAUUGCAGCAAGUGAGAGUAACAUCCAACAAAAAGGGCAACAACCCGACCAAAGAGAUAGAAACAGACAGAACAAUCCUCAGGAGAUUCUGGCUAUCACGUCCUCUGGUACAUCAAAACUUUGUUUCUAUUCGUUGCUAUUAUUCUAUGAUAAUAUGUCGUCCUGU